AGCACAGCAUUGCCCAGGCAUGUUUCGUGGCCUCGCACGUCUGUUCAGGAUAGGUCAAUGGCGGCACUAUGUCGGCACCGAUCUUCAAGGAAACUGCUACUUUGAGAUCCCCUACGGCCUCGAGUACCGCAAGUCGAGGCGGACCGUCAAAUAUGCCGUCGACAAGGAGUGGUCAGACUAUCAGCCGAAUGACAUGCCGCCCCAGUGGUCUGCCUGGCUCCGGCGCACAAGGACAGAUGCGCCGACCAUGCAGGAAUUGCAAGGCGAAGCGCAAAGGGUUGCGCGUCUGCAGCAGAAUGUCGCGAGGCUACGCAUUGCAUAUGCAGACGAGAAGCGUCGCAUCGCAGAGGACAACACCCGCUUGCUCUCACAAGAUCAGCGGCUGCCAGCUCCGACAUCACAAGAUACUCUGAACAGGGCAAAGCAGCCAGAAGUCGCACAGGCGGCAUCCGCGCAGAUCGACGCUCUGCCGGCUCAGCCGGACUUCAUUCCACAAGGCCGUGACGGUCGUACGGGCUACCCGGGUCAGCUGCUUCCGCGAGAACCGACAGAGAGCGAGCUCGAAUUCGAACGCAAGCGUGAAGCUAUGGCAAGGUCACCUCUCGUUGGUCUCAAGCCGGGCACAGAAGCAGACCCGGGCUGGAAAGUCCACGAUUGGACACCGGCAUCUCGCCGACGAUGA